AUGCUGGGCGCCCUGUGGACGGCGCUGCUCUGCCUGCCCCUCGCGGCGGGCACGGAGGCGCCCGGGCCGGCCUGGCGCUUCACCCAUGCCCUGUACAACGCCACCAUCUACGAGAACUCGGCGCCCAGGACCUACGUGGACAGCCCCGUGCGGAUGGGCGUGCAGCUGACCCGGCCAGGCGUGGUCGUGAGGUUCCGCAUCCUGCAGGGGGACACGGGCGGCGUGUUCCGCGCUGAGGAGCAUGUGGUGGGCGACUUCUGCUUCCUGAGGCUGCGCACUCGGGCGGGCAGCGGUGCCUCUGCCCUCAACCGGGAGGUCCGGGACACGUACUCACUGCUGGUGCAGGCGGCCGAGGCCGGGGGCACGCGGGUGCAGCGGGCGCGCGUGGCCGUGCAUGUGCUUGACCGCAACGACCUCAAGCCCCUCUUCUCCCCGCCCUCCUACCGCGUGGCCAUCUCCGAGGACACAGCCCCCCGCACGCCCAUCUGCCAGGUGACCGCCACGGAUGCCGACCUGGGGCCCAACGCCGAGUUCUACUAUGUCCUGCCCGGCCGGCCCGAGGCGUUGGCCGUGCACCCCACCACCGGCAUGGUCACCCUGGCGGGGCGGCUGGGCGCCACAGCCCAGGCCGAUCACGAGUUCCAUGUGCUGGCCGUGGACCGUGCUCGGCCCGGCUUGGGCACCCCGGCCCGGCUGACGGUGCACGUGGACCCCGCCCCCCGGCUGACGCCCACCAUCGCCUCCGUGCUCGUGGCCCCCGCCGACGGCGCAGAGGACGGGGCCCUCGCCUCCGUGCUGCUGGACACCAGCGCCCCAGGUGCCGACGCCCUGGAGGUUGUGGCCGGUGACCCUGACGGCUACUUUAAGGCCGUCGUGGUGCCCGGCCGCAGCCACGAGUUCCGCCUGCUGCUGGCCAGAGAGCUGAACUGGCUGCAGCACCGAGAAGGCUUCAACCUCAGCCUCCGGGCCCGGGCGCGAGGCCCGCCGGCCGUGCAGUCCCCCACACUGGCCUUCCACCUGCCCGCGGCCGGGCUGGCGGCCCUGCGGUUCGAGCAGGAGCUGUACCGGGUGCAGCUGAGUGAGCUCUCGCCGCCAGGCCGCCGGGUGCUGGCCCUGAGGGUGCCCGGCGCCCCCCCCAGCCUGCGCUUCACCCUGCAGCCGUCCCCCGGGAGCUCGUUCUUCCGGCUGCACCCGCAUACUGGGCUGCUCAGCACGGCGGCCACCCUGGACUGGCGCGAGCACCCGCACUUCCGGCUGCAGGUGCAGACGGUCCCGCCGCUGGCCUCGGCCACGGUGCUCGUCGACGUGCUUGACGCCAACAACCACGCGCCCGUCUUCAACAGCUCCUCCUACGAGGCCGUCUUUGACGAGAACCUGCCGGUGGGCACACGUGUGCUGACCGUGGUGGCCACUGACAGGGACCAGGGCGACAGCGGCCGCGUGUCCUACUCCAUCGUGGGCCGCCGCGCGGUGCCCUUUGAGAUCGAGCCCUUCCUGGGCGUCAUCACCACGUCCCGGCCCCUGGACUACGAGCUCACGCAGAGGCUCUACGCCUUCCGCGUCCGCGCGUCCGACUGGGGGUCCCCCUUCCGCCGGGAGACCGACGUGUCUGUGUCCCUCCGGCUGCAGAACGCCAACGACAACCGGCCGGUGUUCCAGACGGUGGGCUGUGUGGGGGCUCUGCGCCGCGACUGGCCGGUCAGCGGGGCUGUGGCCACCGUGUUGGCCAUCGACAUUGACGAGCUGCAGCCUCUCCGCUACGAGUUCGUGUCGGGCAACGAGCUGCACUACUUCGACCUGCACCCGCUGUCGGGGCUGGUCUCCCUGCGCCGUGCCCUGCCGCCGGGCCCUGCCCGCUUCCUGCUGGAGAUCACGGCCUUCGACGGCAAGUUCUAUGCUGCGCCCAUGACACUGAACCUCACCGUGGUGCCGGACGCCCACCUCGAGGUGCCCGUGUCCUGCGUGAACACCGGGGUGCUGGCCCAGUUCGCCAAGGCCAUCCUGGGAGCGGCGGAGGGACAGGAGCCGCCCCCGGCAGUCGGCGUGGACGACGACGACGACUUCGGUGCCCCCCGCCCCAACCUGCACGCGCCCCUCUUCAAGGAGCCCUUCCCCCAGAGCAUCGAGGUGCCAGAGCAGGCACCUCCGGGCACCCCACUGGCCCACCUGGCAGCCAUGGACCCUGAUGCCGGCUUUGCUGGUCAGCUGGUCUACAUGAUCGCCGGUGGCGAUGACGGCGGCCACUUUGACGUGGAUCUGGAGAGUGGGCAGCUCACAGUGGCCGCCCCCCUGGAUUACGAGGCCACGCGGGGCUACAGCCUGAACGUGACUGUCCACGACCUGGGCAGCCCCCCGCGGUCCUCCUGGAAGCUGCUGGACGUGAUCGUGAGGGACUGCAAUGACCACGCGCCCCGAUUCCCGCCCGGCGGGUACCAGCUGAGCGUCAUGGAGAACACGGCCGUGGGCUCGACGGUGGCUGAGCUGCGGGCAGACGACGCCGACACGGAGGACAACGGUAGUGUCCGCUACAUGCUCCUGAGCCCCACGGAGCACUUCUCCGUCCACCCGCUCACGGGGCAGCUGGUGGUCACAGGCGCCCUGGACCGGGAGUCCCAGCCGCAACACGCCCUCAAGGUGGAGGCCCGAGACCAGCCCCGCCAAGGCCUCGCCUUGUUCUCCGUGGCGGACGUGCUGGUCACCCUGGAGGACGCCAAUGACCACGCGCCCCAGUGCGUGCCCGAGCUCCUCAGCCUGAGGGUCCCGGAAGACCUGCCCUCCGGCACGGUGCUGGCGCUGCUGGACGCGCCGGACCCCGACCUGGGCCCCGCGGGGGAGGUGCGGUUCACGCUGAAGGACGACGCCCACGGCACCUUCCGGCUGCACCCCGACACCGGCGCCCUCAGCCUGGAGGCCGAGCUGGACUUCGAGCGGCGAGCCAGCUACAACCUGAGCGUAUGGGCCAGCGACGGCGGGCAGCCCCAGGCCCAGAGCACCCUGUGCCACGUGGAGGUGACCGUGCUGGACGUGGACGAGAACUUCCACCCGCCACGCUUCGCCUCCUUUGUGCGCCAGGGCCAGGUGCAGGAGAACAGCCCCGCGGGGACGGAGGUGCUCGCCGUGGCGGCCCUCGACGAGGACACGGGCCUGGACGGGGAGCUGCGGUACUCCCUGCGGGCGGGCACCAGCCUGGCCGCCUUCGCCAUUGACCCCCACACAGGUGUGAUUCGAACCCUGGAGCGCCUGGACCGGGAGCGGGUGGCCCACUACUGGCUGACCGUGCAGGCGGCGGACAGGGGCUCGAGGCCACGGUCUGCGGUGACCGAGGUGUACAUCGAGGUGACAGACGUGAAUGACAACGCGCCCCACGUGUCCAGGCCCGUGUUCUACCCGGUGGUGCGGGAGGACGUGCCCCCCCACAGCCCCGUCAUGCAGCUGGACGCCCAGGACGCCGACGCCGGCCUAGCGGGAACGCUGAGGUUCAACCUCACGGGCGGGAACGCCCUGGGCCUCUUCGCUCUGGACCCUGACACAGGGCUCCUGUCCACAGCACGACAGCUGGACCGUGAGGUGAAGGAGGAGCACAUCCUGGAGGUGGCCGUGCAGGACCAGGGGGAGCCCCCGCAGAGGUGCACCUGCAGGGUGGUGGUGCAGGUGGAGGACGCCAACGACAGCCCCCCCGCCUUCCCCCACAAGCUCUUCACCGUGCGCCUGCCGGAGAGCCUGGGGGCGCCCGGGCCACUGUACCGGCUAGUGGCCGCCGACCCAGAUGCGGGGCCCAAUGGCCACGUCACCUACAGCAUCCAGGACAGUGAUGCCGACGGCUUCGUGGUGGAGCCCACCACGGGCGUGGUGUGGGCCAACCGCAGUUUCCGGGCGGGAGACUACAACAUCCUGACGGUCAAGGCCACGGAUGGCGGGCAGCCUGCACUCUCAGCCAGCGUCCGGCUGCAUGUGGAGUGGAUCCCGCAGCCACCGGCCUCCACCACCCCACUGGCCUUCGAGGAGCCCCACUACAGCUUCACCGUCAUGGAGACGGACCCCGUGAACCACAUGGUGGGGGUGGUCACUGUCCAGGACCGUCCCGGACUCCUGUGGUUCAGCAUCUCGGGUGGGGACGAGAACAUGGACUUUGACGUGGACAAGGUCACAGGCAGCCUGCUCAUUGCCAAGCCCCUGGACACCAGGAGACGAAGCAACUACAACCUGACCGUGGCGGUGACCGAUGGUGCCCAGAGCAUCACCACGCAGGUCCACGUCUCCCUCAUCGCCAACGUGAACCGCCACCGGCCGCAGUUCCUGGAGGCCCAGUACGAGGUGCGGGUGCCCGCGAACACCCCGCCGGGCGUGCAGCUGCUCCACGUGCAGGCCACGGACCCCGACCCGGGCAAGGGCCUCAUCUACACCAUCCACGGCAGCCAGGAUCCAGGCAGCAGCGGUCUCUUCCAGCUGGAGCCCAGCACCGGCGCGCUGGUCACCGUGGCAGACCUGGGCCCAGGGCCGUCCCAGCACACGCUGACGGUGAUGGUGCGAGACCAGGAGAUGCCCAUCAAGAGGAACUUUGUGUGGGUGCUGGUGUGCGUGGAGGCUGGGAACCUGCACCCGCCCCGCUUCACCCAGCCGCAGUAUGAGGCCAGUGUGGUCGACACAGCCGCCCCUGGCACCGAGGUGCUGCAGCUGCGUGCCCUGGAUGGUGACUGGGGCCCUCAGGCCGACGUCCACUACUCCCUCCUCAAAGGGAACAGCGCGGGGCUCUUUGCCCUGGACGCCCUCCUUGGCACGCUCACCCUGGCCCAGACGCUGCCCGUGGCCGGCCCAGCCCAGCACACCCUGACCGUGCGGGCAGAGGACCGAGGCUCGCCCCCGCGGCACGACCUGGCCACGGUGCUCGUCCACGUGCACCCCUCGCCCAGCAGUGCCCCCCGCUUCUCCCAGGCCGAGUACUUCGUCGAGGUGCCCGAGUCGGUGCCCGUGGGCUCCCCGAUCCUCCGUGUGGUGGCCAGCGCCCCCUCACAGGUCUCCUACGAGCUGGUGGAUGGGGGUCGGGAUGCCGCCUUCACCCUGAACCCCUACUCGGGGCUGCUCUGCACCCAUCGGCGCCUGGACCACGAGGCACAGGCGUCCCACCGACUGCGGGUCCGUGGGCACAGCAUGGCCGGCACCUUCGUCGACAUCCCGGUGCUCGUGUCCGUCCUUGACGCCAACGACCACGCGCCCGAGUUCUCCCAGCUCGCGUUCGAGGGCCACGUCAGCGAGGCAGCCCUGCCCGGCAGCCUGGUCACGGAUGAGAGUCACAACCCGCUGGUGCUGCGGGCGGCCGAUGGGGACGGGGCCGGGGACGCGCUGCUCACCUUCAUGGUCCUGGAGCCUGAGGUGCUGCGCUUCUUCCAGCUGGACCCCGGCAUGGGCACUCUGAGCACUGCCGCGGGGCUCGACCAUGAGCACGCCGCUUUCUUCCGGUUCCGGGUGUACGUCCACGACCAUGGGAUGCCCGUCCUGUAUGCGCCUCAGCCCGCCUGGGUCACGGUGAGGGUCGGCGACGUCAACGACUGUCCCCCGCACUUCUCCCAGCAGACCUACGAGGUGGACGUUGUGGGGCCCGUCCACCCGGGCAUGGGGCUCCUGACUGUGCACGCAGACGACCCAGACUCCACGGUCACCUACGGCCUGGAGGCCGGCAACGCGGACGGGGCGCUAACCCUGCACCCCGGCACUGGGCAGCUCUGGGUGGCGAGCCCCUCGAGGCUGGGGGCUGGGCGGGAGCUGACAGUUGGGGCCUCUGACGGGCUUUACCGGGCCACGGCCCUGCUGAGGCUGCGGGUGCUGCCCGCCACGCACACAGACCUGCGGUUCGAGCAGGACACCUACGAGGCGGCCGUGCCGGAGAAUGAGCCGGGCGUGCGGGCGCUGCUGCUUCUGCGCGUGGUGGGCGCCCGUCCCAACGACAGCCUGGCCUUUGCCCUCCUCAAUGGCACCAACCACUUCCACAUGGCGCGCUCGGCCGGCGUGCUGCGGACCCGUGGGGAGGCCUUCGAUCGCGAGCAGCAGGACGCCCACAUGGUGGCCGUGGAGGUGCGGGACGGCCGCGUGCCCCCACGCGUGGCCCAGGCGCUGGUCCGCGUCUCCGUGGAGGACGCCAACGACCACCGGCCCGAGUUCCAGCACCUGCCCUACGAGGCUGUGGUCCCCGAGGGUGCCGAGCCUGGGGAUGUCCUCCUGCAGGUCUCAGCCACCGACCGUGACGAGGGCGCCCACGCUGCCAUCACCUAUGCCUUUGCCGAGGACUACGCCUACUUCCGCAUUGACCCCUUCCUGGGUGACAUCUCGCUCCGGAAGCCCCUGGACUACCGGGCCCUCAAUAGCUACCGCCUGGGCGUCGUCGCAAGUGACGGCGGGAGUCCCCCGCUGCGGGCAUCGGCUGAGGUGCGGGUGCUGGUGCGGAACCAGACCCACCCACUGUUCCAGAGCCCCCGCUACAGCGUCAGGGUGCCCGAGGACGUCCCGCGUGACACCCCCGUGCUGCACACGCAGGCGCGCAGCCCCGAGGGCCACCCGCUGGUCUACCACAUCCCCGAGGCACAGGCCCCGGCCCUGGUGGCCGUCAACUUCAGGACAGGCAUGGUCAGCGUCACGGGGCCCCUGGACCACGAGGCCGAGACGAGACACGUGUUCAGGGUCAGGGCCACGGACACGGCCCUGGGCGCCUUCUCCGAGGCCACCGUGGAGCUGCUGGUGGAGGACGUGAACGACAACGCGCCCGCCUUCUCCCGCCCGCUCUACACCGCGGCCGUGGCCGAGGGCCUGCCCGCGCACACGCCGGUCAUCCAGCUGCUGGCCACCGACCCAGAUGCGGGCCGGAACCGCGACAUCUCCUACCACAUCGUGGACGGUGACUCAGACGCGUCCAGCUUCUUCGAGGUGGACGCAGCCACCGGGCAGCUGUCCACCGCGCGGGAGCUGGACUAUGAGAGCCGCCCGCAGUUCCAGGUGCGGGUGCGGGCCACAGACGGCGGCGAUCCCCCACUCAGCGGCGAGACCCUGGUAGUCGUGCAGGUGACCGACGUGAACGACAACCCACCGGCCUUCGAGCAGCCGCAGUACGAGGCCCGCGUGAGCUCGCUGGCCGCCUGCGGGCACCCGGUGCUGCGCGUGCAGGCUCUGGACGCGGACCCUGCUGACGCCGCCCGCCUGCACUACCUCAUCCUCUCAGGCGACCCCGAGCGGCACUUUGCCAUCAACCGUUCCUCGGGGGUCAUCUCCAUGCCCAACCUGUGCAAGAGGCUGCUGGAUGCGUCCUACAGCCUGCGGGUGGGCGCCUCAGACGGCGCCUUCCGGGCCACUGUGCCUGUCUACAUCAACACCACGGCCACCAAUGCGCACAGCCCCGCCUUCCCGCGGCCACUGUACGAGGCUGAGCUGGCCGAGAACGCGGCGGCGGGCACCGAGGUGGCCGUGCUGCAAGCCGUGGACGGGGACAGUGGCCCCUUCGGGGAGGUGGAAUACCUCAUCAUCAACCGCCUGGCAGCCGAGAAGUUCGCCAUUGGGCCGGGAGGCCACGUCUACACACUGCGAGAGCUGGACCGCGAGAACGCCACGGAGCGUGUGGUGGCCCUGCGCGUGAUGGCCAGGGACGGUGGUGGCCGGGCCGGCUUCUGCACCCUGAGGGUCAUCCUGACGGAUGAGAAUGACAACGCACCCCGCUUCUCUGCCCCCGAGUACACCGUGUCCGUCCCGGCCAACGCCAGCCGCCGCGCCCCCGUCCUGCGCGUGCUGGCCUACGACGCCGACGAGGGCCGCCAUGCGGACGUCACCUACUCGGUGGCCGGCGAGGAGGCCGCCGUGGUGGAUGUGGAGCCCAUCAGCGGGCUGGUGCGCGUGAAGGAGAGCCUGGCGGGGCUGGAGAACCACACCGUGGGGCUGACGCUGCGGGCGCAGGACGGGGCCCCCCCGCACCGGCAUGCCGAGGCCCGCCUGCACCUGCAGGUGGUGCCCAGCCAGGCGGCCCUGCCCAGGUUCUCCGAGCCCCUAUACACCUUCUCAGCCGCCGAGGACCUCGCCGAGGGCACGGCCGUGGGGUCCGUCCGCGCGGAGGCGGGCCACGAGCCCGUCAUCUACAGCCUGGUGCAGGGUGCCACGCCCGAGAGCAACCGCGAUGGAGCCUUCACCCUGGAGCCCCACAGCGGGCUGCUCAGGGUGGGCCGGGCGCUGGACUACGAGGACACCCGGUGGUACCAGCUGGACCUGCUGGCACACUGCCCGCACGGUGACACACGCCUGCUGGCCCUGGCCUCCGUCCACGUCCAGGUGGUGGACGUCAACGACAACCGCCCCAUCUUCGAGGCUGACCCCUACCGGGCGGUGCUGACCGAGAACAUGCCGGCGGGCACGGCCGUCAUCCAGGUGACCGCCGGCGACCGGGACAGCGGGCGUGGCGGCCAGGUGAGCUACCGGCUGCGGGCAGACCCUGUGGGCCGCCUGCACGAGCUCUUCGCGGUGGACAGCGAGACGGGCUGGGUGCGCACGCUGCGGCCACUGGACUGCGAGUCGGCAGAGCACCACCACUUCCACGUGGAGGCCCAUGACCACGGCCAGGCCCAGCUGUCCUCCCGCGUGCUGGUGGAGGUGACUGUGACUGACGAGAACGACAACCCGCCCCGCUUCGCGGCCAGCAGCUACCGGGGUGCCGUAGUGGAGAACGGGGAGCCCGAGGAGCCGGUGGUGGCCCUGCGGGUCUCGGACGCCGAUGUGUCUGCCCCCCAUAGGCAGGUCACCUGCUACAUAACCGAAGGAGACCCCCUGGGCCUCUUCGGCAUUCGCCAAGUGGGGGACGAGUGGACGGUCUUCUCGAGGCGCAGCCUGGACCGCGAGCACAUGGCCAAGCACCUGCUGCGGGUCACAGCCUCGGACGGCAAGUUCCAGGCGUCGGUACCCGUGGAGGUGCUGGUUCUGGACGUGAAUGACAACAGCCCCGUCUGCGCUCAGCUUCUCUAUAGCGGCCACGUCCAGGAAGAUGCAGCCCCGGGACACUCAGUCCUGCAGGUGUCUGCCAGCGACGCAGACGCGGACGCCAAUGCGCAGGUGUCCUUCUCCCUGCACGGCCCGGGCGCCCACGAUUUCCACAUGGACCCCCACACAGGGCAGCUGAGCACCCUGGCCGCCCUGGACCGGGAGCAGAAGGCCGAGUACAGCCUGGUGGUCAAGGCUACCGACGGGGGCGGACGCUGGUGCGAGGCGGCCGUGACCUUGCGCGUGGACGACGUGAAUGACAACGCCCCCCGCUUCUCCCCGCCGCACUGCGCCGUGGUCGUCUCGGACAACACGACCCUCCACGCCCCGGUGGCUGUGCUGCUGGCCCUCGACGCUGACCAAGGCCCCAACGCACAGGUGGUCUACGCGCUGAGCGACUCGGCCGACGGCCGCUUCUCCAUCGAGCCCCGCACGGGCGUCCUCCGGCUGGACAAGCCGCUAGGCGCGGCACCGCAGGCCCCGCUGCAGCUGACUGUGCGCGCCUCCGACCUGGGCACCCCCAUCCCGCUGUCCACGCUGGGCACCGUCACCGUGUCUGUGGUGAGCCGCGACGACCACCUGCCCGUGUUCCUGGGCCCCGAGCACAGCGUGCGGCUCCCCGAGGACGCCCCCCUCGGCACUGAGGUCCUGCGGCUGGACACCCUCACCCGGCCGGGCCCCCAGAGGGCGGCCUUCCGCCUGGUCAGCGGGAAUGAGCAGGGCCACUUCCGCCUGGACACCCACUCAGGGGUCCUGUACGUCAAUGGCAGCCUGGACUUCGAGACGACCCCCAGGUACUUCCUGUCCAUUGAGGGCAGCAGAACAGGCGUGGCCUCCCUUGGUGACAUCACCACGCUUGUGGUCAACAUCACGGACAUCAACGAGCACUGGCCCCGCUUCCUGCAGGACGCCUACCACGCGCGGGUGCCGGAGGACGCCCCCGUGGGCCGGGUCGUGCUCACGGUGUCUGCGGUCGACCAAGACGGAGCCCCCGGCAGGGCCAUCACCUACAGCCUGGUGGGAGGCGACCAGCAUGGGCACUUUGCCGUCCACCCCGAGAACGGGCAGCUGACGGUGGCCAGGGCCCUGGACUGGGAACAGGCCUCUGGCUACUCCCUGCGGCUCCGAGCCACAGACAGCGGGCGGCCCCCUCUGCACCAGGACACCAGCGUCACCAUCCAAGUGCUGGAUGUCAACGACAACCCGCCGAGAUUCUUCCAGCUCAACUACAGCGCCACAGUGCAGGAGAACUCCCCCAUCGGCAGACACAUCCUGCAGCUGGUCCUGAGUGACUCCGACUCGCCUGAGAACGGACCCCCGUUCUCCUUCCGAAUCACCCGAGGGAACGAGGCUUCCGUCUUCCAGGUGACCCCCGAUGGCCGGCUUCUGACUGCUGCCAGUCUGAGCCGGAGUGUCCAGGACCAGUACCAGCUCCAGAUUGAGGCGUCCGACAGCGGCAAACCAGCCCUCACGUCUUCCACCUCGGUCAGCGUGCGUGUGAUCGCGCGGAGCCUCUACCCGCCGUCCACCCUGUCCCUGGACAUCUUCAUCACCCUCGGCGAGGCCGAGUUCCCGGGUGGCCUCGUGGGCAAGAUCCAUGCCACCGACCGUGACCCCCAGGACACGCUGACCUACAGCCUGGGGGCGGAGGCCCCCAACACGCACUUCUCGGUGGGCCCAGCGGACGGCACGGUGCUGGGUGCCCAAGGCCUGCCGUGCGGCCACCACGCCUUCAACGUCACGGUCAGCGAUGGCAACUUUGCGGCCACGGCCAGCGUCCACGUGCACGUGUGGCGCGCCGAGCCGGACGCCCUGCAGCGGAGCAUGUGGCUGGGCUUCCAGCAGCUCAGCCCCGAGGAGCUGGUCAGCGACCACUGGCGCAACCUCCAGCGCUUCCUGGGCCAGCGGCUGGACGUGGGGCGCGCUGGCAUCCACCUGGCCAGCCUGCAGCCCGCUGAGGCUGGCCCCGGUGUGGACAUGCUCCUGGUCUUCGAGGGCCAUUCCGGAACCUUCCAUCAGCUUCAGGACCUGGCGGCUGCCAUCUCGCACUCGGCCCCGGAGCUGGAGCAGGCGGUGGGGGUGCAACUGCGGGCGGCCGUGCCCAUGUCCCCCUGCCAGGGCGCAGGCUGCCGGGCGCUGCCCUGCCGCGAGACGGUACAGCUGGAACCAGUAGUGGGGCCCCCCUACAGCACUGCCCGGAUCAGCGUGCUCAGCCCCCGGCACCGCCGGCUCCGCUGCGGCUGCAACGGGACGGCAGCAGAGUUCAGAGGCCAGAGCAUCGGGCGGUACCGCCUCCCAGGGGCCCCGGCCUGGGACGCCCACUUCCGCCUGAGGACCGGGCAGGCAGAGGCCACGGUCUUGCGGGUCCAGGGGCCGGUGAGCCUGUCCCUGCAGCUGGCGGACGGGGCACUGAGACUGGAGCUGCACUGCCCUGGGGGCUACCUUGGAAACCUGUCCUCGGAGCGGCGCCUGAGCGACGGGCAGUGGCACGCGGUGCGGCUGGAGGUGACCGGCGAGGUGGCCAGCCUGCAGGUGGACGGCAGCAGCGCGACCCUGGAGGUCCCGGGUAGCUGCAGGGGCCCCCGGCCGGAGAGUGAAUUGGUGCUAGGUGGCCACCUGCUGCCUCCAGAGCUGCCCCGGGUCUCCCACGGCUUUCAGGGCUGCCUGGAUGCGGUGGCCAUCAACGGGGCAGCCCUGGACAUGCUGGGCAGGACGGAGGCCGGCUGGCUGGAGCGGCGGGCACUCAGCCCCUGUUGCCCCCCGGACCCCAAGGACGGAGCCUGCAGCCCGAAUCCCUGCGCCAACGGAGGCCAGUGCACCCCGCACCCCGCAGCAGGUUUCCUGUGCCAGUGUCCCCCCGGCUUCUGGGGGCAGCAGUGCCAGCAGGGACAGAAUUGCUCUUCCCCCGACUGCCCGGACCCAGUGGCCUGCACACCUCCAGGGGGCGCCCCCUGCGGCUGCCCGUAUCCCCAGCAGGGAGAGAGGUGUGACGCUGAGAGCCGCGGUUGCGCAGCGGGCAGCUGCCUGGUCACCCCGGCCGUGAAGAGUGGGGACUGGGGCCAGCAGGAGCUGCUGCUGCUCGGGGCCGCCCUCCUGCUCGUGCUGGCCGCGGCCGCCGGGCUGCUUCUCUACCGCCGCCGCCGCCGCGCCCACAAGCCCGUGGCCAGGGAGGACCCGGACCUGCUGGCCAGGAGUGUGGGCGUGGGCACCCAGGCGCCCCCCAUCCAGCUCGGCGCCCUGGGCACCGGCGCCGGGGACCCGCUGGCCCACGCAGAGCCCGGCAAGGCCUCCGAGCUCGUCACCUUCGGCCCCAGCUCCAGGCACCGCCCGGUGGUCUGCAGCGUGCCCCCUCGACUGCCGCCCGCCGCGCCCCCGUCCCGCGCCGAGGCCGGCGUGAAGAGGACCUGGUCGGGCGAGGCGCUGGACGCGCCGACGGCCUGGCCCCCCGCCUACUGCAGGAAGGACGCGGGCCCCCCGCAGCCGGUGCCCUACGGGGGCUUCCCCUUCCCCCUGGAGCUGGGCAACAAGCGGGCGCCGCUCCCGCCGCGCUACAGCCACCAGGACCUGGACGCGCUGCUGGCCCCGGGCCCGGGCGCGUACCCGGGCGAGUACCCGGGGGGCGAGUACCCGCGCGAGUACGCGGGCGAGUACACGGCCGUCAGCUACUACCACGCGCGCCUCCCGCGCCGCGCCGGCCCCGCCUACGCCGACGGCGACGCGGGGGUCGCGCUGCCCCCCGGCCGCGGCGGCCAGCGCCCCGCGCCCCCGCACUACGCCGGCUCCGACCAGGUGGAGAGCGACUACGGCAGCUGCGAGGAGGUGAUGUUCUAG